CUUCAUCAUAUUAUUAUAUAAACCCUUACAAUUUCUCAACUUACUCAAUGUAAAGCUCCUUAAAUUAUUAAAGACUUCCUUUCAUCUUGUUCAUUCAAGCUGUUAUUAAUUUUCAAUGGCCAAAAUUCAUCCAGAAACACUCAAGAACUCUAAUUCUCCUUCUUGUUUUUCCUCUCCUUAUGUAACAUCCACAAGAGAAAUAUUUACCAUAUGGAUGAAAUCCCUAGUGUUCCAUGGGAAUGGUUGUACUGUCUUUGAUUCCAAAGGUGAAAUUGUUUUUAGAGUUGACAACUACCAAGAAACAAAUAGCAAUGAAGUAUUUCUCAUGGAUCUUUAUGGACAAGUUCUCUUCUCCAUUAAAAAAGAGAAGCUAAGAUUAUUUGGUCGUUGGAAUGGAUAUUUAAGUGGUGGAUUUAAAGGGAAACCAUGGUUUCAAGUGAGAAGGAAUUGCAAGUAUUUUUCAAGAUCAGAAGAUGUCAUAUGUAAUGUCAAUUUGGGGUGUGAAAAAUCUAUAGGAAGCUGCUAUAAGAUUCAACAAACUGAUAAAAAAUCAUCAUUUAAAGUUUCAGAUAGUGCUGGUCAAGUUGUUGCAGAGGUAAAACAAAAACAGUCAUCAUUAGGAUUUGGCUAUGGAGAUGAUGUGCUAACUCUAGAAGUGGAACCCCAUGUUGAUUACUCUUUUAUUAUGGCUCUUGUAACAGUAUGUGGUUUGAUUAAACGGAGAUUAUAGCGAACGAUUAGACUAUGAUGAGAAAUUGCCACCUGCGAGUUCAUGUUGGGCUUCAUGUUCAUUUUGGGCCUAAUGCUGACUCAAGCCCAAUUCAGACUGAGCCCACUAGCCCCAGUCCAAUUCAGUGCCCACGGACUUAAGGCUAGAUAUUUACGUUUUUUGACAAUUUUGCCCCCAUGUGUAUAUAUAGUGUAUUUUCAGUUAGCUGAUUAAUUCAGUUUUCUAAUACAAAGCUUCUCUCUCUCUCUCAAACCCUA